AUGCCAAAACGUCUCCCACUGCAAGCCGCAACCAGCAGGGUAGUUGAUGAUGGAACAGCACAGUAUUAUCUAUGGAAUUACCUUCACGAUAAUAGUAACAAUGCUCAGUUUCUUCAUCCUCCAAUUCACUUGAUAGGAGUCGGUACGUUAAGAACUUCAUUAAGGAAGGCCUGUCUUCCAGAUUCGGUGAGGGCUUGGCCGGCGGAGAGCGAAGGUGGUCAAAGACAAUAUGCUAAUGGAGCGAAGCCUCGUACCAAAGUGCAGCAACGUUUAGAACAAGGAAUUUUUAAACGAUCUUCAAAGACAUGGAAAUUCCGAGCGUGUAUUAUUUGUGGAGCAGAAGGGUUUGAAGGUAAGUUUCGAAGGUUCACUGAAGACGCUUACCGGAAAGCCCUACAGCGUGGAACCUUGGAUUCUACAUGA